CUCCAAAAUAAUUAAUGUGCGAGGGAAAGAAAUGGGCCUUUAAUAACAGAAAUAGCACUGUGUUCAUUUUUUGUCGUUUUCUCAAAAGCUGCUUAGUUCCGACGAAUCCUCCGCACAAAUUCACCGGCGACGAGCGAAAUUUCGAGAAUCGCGGCGACUAGAAGUACAAGGAUAGUGAUACGAAGAUGACUAAAGCAGUAGAUGGACUCACAUUUCCGAUGUCGAGAGUAUCGGAGUCAGCUUCUCGACUUAAAACCAUCAUUUCCGAUAUGCUUCCUCGCUUUACUGACGAUUACUCCGACGACCUCUCUGUUCGUCAUCUUCUUCUUUUUAUUUUCAUCUUCCUCUUUGUUCUAGAGACGAUUCUUAGGUGUUUAGUUCGAUUUCCUUGGUUUUUACUUGUGAGCUCUUGUACGCACUCUUCUCUGCUCGCAGAAGUAACAUUAUCUUCGUCGUCUCUCUAAUUUAUGUGAAUUUUACCCGAUGGAUUUGAUAUUGGCGCUUCUCACCUACUUUUUCCCUUAUCGUUUUGAUUGUUCGAUGCAAAUUAUCAUCGAUUAUCGUUUAGCAGCUCUUGUAGAGGUUAUGUUGCAUAAUGAUUUUGGAAAAUCUGAGUUACAGGAUCCGUAAUAGGGCUAUGUGUAUGUAAUCACUUUGUGUGGACUGGUUUCAUCUUGUUGAAUUGUAAAAUUGAUCCGUGGGAGCAGAAAUUGCAGGUUGAUGAGUGUUUUUGUGUGAAGAUCAGGUAAGUUUGUGUUUACUGAUGAAUCAGCUUGUUUCAGGAGUAUGUUACGGUGCUUGUUUGUAAUGGAAAGAGUCAGAGACAGGCAAGCGAAGAUUUGGAGGCAUUUCUUAAGGAGCAAUCUUGGAAAUUUGUUGUCUGCUUGUGGGAGCUUCUAGUGAAGUACUUCUCUCAAAGUAAUUCUGCUUCUGGACCUAAGACUGAUGUUGACUUUGGCUCUAAUGAUACUCUAAUCAAACAAGGUUUAAGCUCCAGAAAGUAUGAUGAUUAUGAUUGCAAAGCUGCCGAUGGUACUAAUUCGAUGAAUGAACAGCUGAUAUCAGUUACUGCUCCCAUAGAUGACAUUGAGGCUCCUGUAUCACCAAAAGUUGAAAAAAUGAAGAUGUCACGACAAGAGCUCAUUGAUAGCCCUUGUACAAGGGCACGGCGAAGAAAGAAAGAAAAUUGGAACUCGUCUGGUUACUCUAGAAAAGUACUGCGCUCUGUCAUUGUUUCAGCCACUCAGCAACCAUGUGAUAGGAAUCCUGCUAAAUAUGAAAAGUCUAUGAAUGAAAGGAGUAGAACCCUAAAGAAGCGCCCAUACUCACCAGAAAGAGAAUUGGAUUCUCGGUUUGCUCCUUCAGGAAGAGCUGUGUCUGCAAGAUACCAUGAUGCAUCUCUACACCAAGAAACGGAGCCUCAUGUUAGUGUUUGGGAUCGUUUGGGCCGAGCAAGCUCCGAAUGUGUUCUUGACACAGAAAGCCGUACAUUGUCUAAGUUUGGUAUCCAGACACGUGAAACAAAAGUGCAUCAGCAGCAUGGACCAGUAUUUCCUGCAGCGUAUAGUGAACAACAUAGCGAGAUAUUUCAAAGAGAAGUUCUUGCAGUUGGUUACAGGCACAGAGUUCCCCAAUUCGAUAAAGAUAGGAAACCCAAGAGUGAAACUAUCACAUCCACUGAACCGCAUAUUGCAUAUAACCUCAGCAGAAAGAGACGUUAUGGCAUGGUCAGCCCCAAUUCAGGAGAGUUUAGCUAUGUUCCCCAAUAUAAGCAAGCUGAACAAGAUUUUGAAAAGCCAAGCCUGCUCUCCCAUCAGUCAACAAAGCAAGAUAUUUUUUCAGAAAUAAAGAACGUGAAAGAAAAGAUGCAAGAACUAGAACUCCGAAUUAUUCAAUCAAAGCAGUUGAAGAAACAGAAAGUUGAAGAACGCAAACCCUCACCACAAUCUGGCGAAUCACAGUAUCAGGAAGAUGUCUCAGAAUCAAGAGUCAUACAUGUUACUAACGUAUACUAUGCAGCAAAGAAAGAAGCUAUAUCAAUGUUCUUCAGCAGCAAGUGUGGAGCUGUCCAAAAUGUUAUAGUUGUAACUGAUCCAGUAACUCGCCAUCCAAAGGGUACUGCUUUUGUGACUUUUGCUACAAAGGAGUCAGUUGGCAAAGCAGUAGCUCUGAGCGGCACAAUGUUCUAUUCAAGACCCAUCAAGGUUCGCAUGCACGUGAUAGCUUCUGGAGUAGUGUCAGCAGCACCACAGAUAGUUACUGGAAGUUAA